AUGUCCGACCACCAAUACACCUUCAACAUCUCCAUGAGCUGCGGCGGCUGCUCCGGCGCCGUUGAGCGUGUCCUGAAGAAGCUCGAAGUGCAGUGCACAUCGCUGCUACUAUUCCUCACAAGGGCUAUUGUUAACCAGUCCUCUUUGCUCCCAGGCGUCAAAACCUUCGACGUAAACCUCGAAUCGCAAACCGCAAAGAUCACCACCGAGCCGAGUCUUUCGUACGACACUGUUCUGGCUACUAUUAAGAAGACUGGGAAGGCUGUUAAUAGUGGGGAGGCGGAUGGGGAGAAGCAGGCUGUUUAG